GCCCGUCUCGAUUCCUCCUUGAUCCGCAGAGGCCCAUCAACGCACCGCCGACAGCGAGACCUCACCGAGCAGCGAUCUGCGCAGACACCCCGCCGACAGCCGAGUACCCAGAGGCGCUGUGUACGAUCUCUCGUUUCUGCGCUCCAGCCGAUCACUUGCAAGGCUCUCUAUUAGCCAGCCGCCCCGCUACUUCGAUAAGGGAUCGACGACACUCCGACCCUCGACAUGGCACCAACGCCCGAAACAUCGCACCCGCCCAAGACCGCGGAUCUGGGCUUCUUUUCAUCUGGAGCCGAAGACCCGAUGCUGGUCGACGGGCCCGAUCAAGCCACAGAGCCACCUGCGGCAGAGCUUGAGGCAGCCCUGCCGGCCGCUGACCAGGAUUCCGAGGCCGUCGCCGGCACGAGCGCAUCGUCCAGGGAGCGACCCGAGAUCUUUGCGCCGACGCUCGGCGAAAUCGAAAGCGACGAGAUCACCAAAGUGGCCAGCCUCAACUGGGGCCUCGAUCUCGCCGACGAAAGCAUCCGCUUCGACACCGACCUUGCCCGGCGGAUCUGGGAGAGCGAGCUACUUGGGACAGACUUUUCGCUCAAAAAGAUCAUGCUCCUGGAAUACAGCCAAUACCUCGAAAGGUAUCUGUGGCCCGGUCUGAAGACCGAGGAGACCCUCGACUUUCACGUCCUCUCGAUCAUCGUCAUCAUCAACGAAAAGUUCCGAGAGCGAGUAACCGGGGUCUGGGACGUCGUCACUGCCGACAAGGCCAAGUUCGCGUCAUUCUUUGCGCAUACCCUCCGGCUCAUGAUCAAUCCCGAGGGUCUGUCGCUCAAGGUCGAGCGUUUCUUGGUGACAUUCCUUAUCAAUGCCUUUGCAUCGCUCGAAAACAAAGUCAUCCGCUCUGUGUGCCAGCCUCUGGUUGGCAUCGGGAUUUGGGUCUCGCUCGCCGAUGGUCGACGAGAACUUGAGUUUGGGCGCCAUCGCCCGAUCCAGGACCUGUGGAAGAAGGCCGAGGACCAACUGAAAAAGUCAAAGAACAAGCCCAAGAUCCAAGCUGAGCGAGUGUUCUUUUCCAGGCUCGUCCAGCACUUUUACGAUAUCCUUGAAUCAAUCCCAAAGGCGGGCAAGACGCCCAAGGAUACGGUGUUGUACUGCGAGCGCUUCCUUGAGCUGAUGAUCGACAUUGAGGCUCAGCUUUCGACCCGCCGCUUUGUCAACGUGCUGCUCCAUGAUCACCACUUUGUGGCUAUAUGCCAAGCCAGCGCCCUUGCGAGUCGAGGACGAGAAACCCAGCACAUCAACCGCGAUCUGAGAGACUCUUUCAGCCGACACGAGGCCACCGAGGACGGUGAUCUGUUUGUUCAGCUGUUGGACAAGCUGGAGCACUACACAAAGUUUGAAAUCGAUGACUACAAGGGCAUCGCGCUCUCUGACGCCGACAUGCUCAACCAGCACUAUCGCCAAAUCCACCGACUACAGAAGCUGGCAUUCGCAAAGUACCGCGAUGUGCUCGAAGAGUUUGCCCUCGCCAACGUCGGCAGCAUCGAGUCGCACGAAGGCUUCACGAAGCAUUUUUCCAAGCUCGACCACGAGACCCUGAUCAAGUUCUGCCGGGACAUUGGCGUGCGCGCGGAGAAGCUUGGCGGUGGCAAGUUCUACAGCAGCGAGUUUCUGUGCACCGUCUUGGAGCGCACGUACUGCAAGCGCAAAAGCCAGAUCGAGGCGAUCAACUCGACGCCUCUCUAUCCCAACGAGAUCGCUCUGUUCGAUGAGGUCACGGUACCCAACGAGCAGUAUUUUUCGAACGACCACUGCCUGGCGAUCCCGAAACUUAACCUGCAGUUCCUGACCGUACACGACUACCUGCUGAGGAACCUCAACCUGUUCCGGCUCGAGACCACGUACGAGAUCCGCCAGGACAUUGAAGAUGCUGUGCAGCGGCUCUCUCCAAAGUACAACCCGGACGCCGGCAACAGCACCUCGACCGUCUUUUCUGGAUGGGCUAGAAUGGCGGUUCCGGUCACAGAGUUCCGAAUCCGAACUGUCUCGGAACCCAAACUCGGGGAGGUCAAGCCGGCAUAUGUCACCGCAGACGUGAGCUUUUCCCUCCAAAAGUACUCCGAAUCGAUCCAGCGUGAAUGGGACACGCUCCGGCCCCAUGACAUUGUCUUUUUGAUCGGCAUCCAAAUGGAGCCUGAGCUCUUGGGCUGGAACCAGCGCAAAGAACGCCAGAGCAAGACCCGUGCCGGUACCAACUUCCGACGAACGUUCGGCAUCAAGUACAUUCGCGGCGGUGAGGUCGGCGAUUUUGUCGACGACAAUGGUCGGCCCCUCGACGAGAGCGCUGCCCUCCCUGGCACCAGCGACGGCAGCGGCGACAGCUUCACUCGCAAGCCUUUCAGCGAGCGGCCCAAGCCCAAGGGCCACCGCCGCAAUCUCCGCAUCUUCCUGGACACCAACCAGUAUCAGCUCGAUUUGCAUCACCAGAAGCAAACUGGCGCUGAUGUGUAUGGGACCCUGAACGUUCUCAUGCGCAGAAAGCCUCAGGAGAACAACUUCAAGGCUGUGCUGGAGACUAUCCGCGACCUGAUGCAGAGCGAUCUCGUUGUGCCCAACUGGCUCGAAGACAUCUUUCUCGGAUACGGAAACCCUGGCAGCGCUGCCUGGAGCGAGAUGCCGGAACCCGUUCGCACGAUCGAUUUCCGCGACACCUUUCUGGACUGGAGCCAUCUUGCCAGCAGCUUUCCGGGCAAGAAACUCGUGGCAUCCAGCGAUGGCAACACUGACGACGAUGGUAACAUUCGCCCGCCCUUCAUCAUUACCUUCCCGCCUGGACUCUUCAGUCACAAAAAUGGCAGCUUGGAGGCAUCUGUCUCGACGGGUGCAAAGCGAAAGCUGCCCGAGCUGCAAGACCUCGAUGAAAGCAUGGAUGUCGAUGAGCCAGAUCAAGAUGGCCUCGCAGUCCGCACAUACAAGCCGCUCAACAUGGGUCCGUACCCCGAGAACAUUCCAAAGAAAAACGCCGUGCCCUUCACAUCGUCCCAAGUCCAGGCCAUCCAUUCGGGCACUUCGCUUGGCCUCACCAUGAUUGUUGGCCCUCCGGGAACUGGCAAGACCGACGUUGCCGUCCAGAUCAUCGCCAAUCUCUAUCACAACUACCCCGAGCAGCACACGCUGCUGAUCACCCACAGUAACCAGGCCCUCAACCAGCUCUUUGAGAAGAUUGCUGCACUCGACAUCGAUCCCCGCCACCUGCUUCGUCUCGGACACGGCAUGGAGGAGCUGGAGAUCGAGGGCGUUGCCGGCAACUGGGGCAAGGCCGGGCGUGUGAACUCGUUCCUGGAAAAGCGACUCCAGCUUCUUGCGGAGGUCGACCGCCUCGCGGCCAGCCUGGAGGUGCCCGGUGCCCACGGCUCCACGUGCGAAACGGCCGGGUACUUUUACCGAUACCAUAUCCUGACACGCUGGGAGCACUACCUCAGCCAGAUCAAAGAUCAGGAUCCCGACGAGGGCACCCUGCAGAAGCUUGUCUCGACCUUCCCGUUCGCCGCUUUCUUCUCCAACGCGCCAGAGCCGCUGUUUGCGAGCGCCAACUUGUACGAAGAAGCGCUUGACGUCGCGGAGGGGUGCUUCCGGCAUCUCAAGAACAUCUUUGAGGAGCUGGAAGAGAUCCGUGCCUUUGAGCUGCUCAAGUCCAGCCGCGACCGAUCCAACUAUCUCUUGAUCAAGGAAGCCAAGAUCAUUGCACUGACCUGUACGCAUGCCGCCCUCAAGCGACGGGAGUUGGUGCAGCUGGGCUUCAAGUACGACAACGUUGUGAUGGAAGAAGCCGCACAGAUUCUCGAGGUCGAGACGUUUAUUCCCUUGCUGCUGCAGUCGCCUGAGGAAGACGGCAAGAGCCGCCUCAAGCGGGUCAUCAUGAUCGGAGACCACAACCAGCUACCCCCCGUCGUGAAGAACAUGGCCUUCCAAAAGUACGGCAACAUGGAGCAGUCCAUGUUUACUCGUUUUGUCCGGCUUGGCGUGCCGACAAUCGAGCUGGCUGCCCAGGGUCGUUCGCGCAGCUCCAUCGCCGAGCUCUUCCGAUGGCGCUACCACAGUCUCGGCGACUUGCCGUCGGUGUGCAACCGAGAGGAGUAUCAGCGCGCCAACCCCGGUCUGGCGUUCGAGUUCCAGCUCAUCGAUGUCGGCAAGUAUCUGAACAAAGGCGAGACCGAGCCUCGGCCACACUUUGUCCAGAACCUGGGCGAGGCUGAGUACGUGGUCGCCACGUACCAGUACAUGCGACUGCUGGGGUACCCCGCAGAGAAGAUCUCGAUUCUUACGACCUACAACGGCCAGAAGGAGCUUAUCCACGAUGUUCUCGAGCGCCGCUGUUCGUGGAAUCCGCUCUUUGGCCGCCCGGCUCACGUCUCAACGGUCGACAAGUUCCAGGGCCAGCAGAACGACUACAUCCUGCUGUCACUCGUGCGUACCAAGACCGUCGGCCAUCUGCGCGACGUCCGCCGUUUGAUUGUGGCAAUGUCGCGUGCCCGACUCGGUCUGUACGUCUUUUGCCGCCAGAAGCUCUUCCAGAACUGCUUUGAGUUGCAGCCCGUGUUCUCGAUCUUUGCCAAGCGCCCGACGGAUCGGUUGUGGCUCGUCACAGGUGAAAAGUAUGGCGCAUGGGACCGCGCCGCUGCCGAGCCGGUCGUGGUUCGCCAGGUCGCCGAGACCAGCGACCGGGCAAAGGAUGGGCCUGUGAGCACCAGUAGCACCAAGAAGACCCGAACGCCGGCCAAGAAGUCAAAAGCUGGGCCCAAGGCUGCCGCCCUUGUUGCUGCCGAUGUCGAUGCCGAUGCCUCCAGUGCCGCCCCUCCGUCGACUGGCGGUGACUGGAAGCCUGCUGAAGCCUGGAAGGAGCGCGUCUACGGCAUGGCCGGGGUCGAAGCGAUGGGCACGUAUGUCCACCAGAUGAUCCAAGAGCAGCUCGCUCAUCUCAAGGUCCAGCGAGACGCAGCCUUCCAAGCCGAGAUGACCGUAGCGCAGCCUGAGGCUGUCGAGUCGACCGAGACCGCCGCUCAGGACGAGGGCGACGACGACGAGGAUGAAAAUGAUGCCUAGUCGUGCGACCCGCAGCCGACUCUUUCUUUCGAUUCGGGCAUCGAGGGUGCUGAUCGCGAGUCCUGCAUCCCAAUGCGGUGCGCAACGUGAUUACAGCGUUUGUAAAUGAAAUGAGACACCCCCGUUUUUAACCAGGACAGUGUUUUUCUGGAACCUGAAUACACCCACCCACUCAUCGCAUUCAUGGCCAAGCACAUCACCAUCUUGAUAUCGAGA